GGAGAGCACCUACCGCAAAUCAGCAUUUUACCUUUGCUUGUUGUGCCUGAAAGAAACAAUAUGUUGAAGUCAAAAACGUUUAUGAAGAAAACCCGUUCUGGAGGCAUUUUAAAGAUCGUCAGAGAACAUUAUCUGCGAGAUGAUAUCACCUGUGGUUGCAAAGGAUGUGACCAGUGCCAGCAGGAGAAACCAGUCUUGGAACGUGAGCCCAUAUUAGAGAGCUCACUUUGCACACCACCACACUACUUGUUGCCAGACACCAAUGUACUGCUCCAUCAGAUUGAUAUCCUCGAGGACCCUAUCAUUAAAAAUCUGAUUAUACUGCAAACUGUUCUACAGGAAGUAAGGAGUCGCAGUGCUCCAGUUCACAAAAGAGUUAAAGAUCUUUUGCACAAUCCUGACAAGUGUUUCUAUACCUUCACCAAUGAGCAUCAUAGAGAAACUUACAUAGAACAGGAGCAAGGAGAAAAUGCAAAUGACCGCAAUGAUCGAGCCAUUCGAACCGCAACUAAAUGGUACAAUAAGCACUUAAAAAAAUCUCCAAGUAUGGCCAAUACCCAGGUGAUUUUAAUAACAAAUGACAGACGAAACAAAGAGAAAGCAGUGGAAGAAGGAAUUGUGGCAUAUACAUGUGAAGAAUACAUUAAAAGCUUGACUGCCAACCCAGAACUCGUUGACCGACUUGCCUGCGUAACUGAUGAACAGAAUGAAGUAGAAAGUGGACGGAUUAUUUUUACGGAACAUCUUCCUUUGUCAAAGUUGCAACAAGGCAUAAAGUCUGGUGCAUACCUACAAGGAACUUUCCGUGCAAGUAGAGACAACUACCUGGAGGCCACGGUAUGGGUUCAUGGGGAUUCAGCAGAGAACAAAGAGAUUAUCCUACAAGGACUGAGGAAUAUAAACAGAGCCAUGCAUGAAGAUAUUGUAGCCGUGGAGUUGCUGGACAAAGAAGACUGGUCGUCUUUGUCAUCUGUUGUACUGCAGGAUGAAGGUGAAAAUGAUGAUAUUGAGUCUGUAGAAGAAAAAGAAAAAAUGCUGACGAGUGCUGUAAAUAGUGCAAAGAAACCUUCUGGAAAAGUAGUGGGAAUCAUAAAGAGGAACUGGAGACCAUACUGCGGCAUGUUGUCUAAAUCACAGAUUAAGGAGUCUACUAGGCAUUUAUUCACACCUGCAGAAAGGAGAAUACCACGAAUCCGUAUAGAGACAAGACAGUCGUCUACUUUAGAAGGACAAAGGAUCAUUGUUGCUGUUGAUGGCUGGCCUAAGAAUUCCAGAUAUCCUAAUGGGCAUUUUGUAAAGAGCUUGGGAACUGCUGGUGAUAAAGCGACAGAAACUGAAGUGUUACUCCUGGAACAUGAUGUCCCGCACCAACCAUUUUCCCAGACUGUUCUCAGUUUUCUUCCCAAGAUGCCCUGGAACAUCACUCCAGAGGAUAUGAAGAACAGAAUUGAUCUGAGGCAUCUUUAUGUGUGCAGUGUAGACCCCCCAGGCUGCACUGAUAUUGAUGAUGCAUUACAUUGUCGAGAGUUAGAAAACGGCACUCUAGAGGUUGGAGUCCAUAUUGCAGAUGUCAGUCAUUUUAUUAGGCCUGGAAAUGCUCUGGACCAAGAAGCUGCUAACAGAGGAACAACUGUAUAUCUUUGUGAUAAAAGAAUUGACAUGGUUCCUGAAUUGCUGAGCUCAAAUUUAUGCUCUUUAAGGUCUAACGUUGACAGAUUGGCUUUUUCCUGUAUUUGGGAAAUGGAUGAAAAUGCUAACAUUUUGAAAACAAAGUUCACCAAAAGUGUCAUCAACUCAAAAGCUUCCCUGACGUAUGCAGAAGCACAGAUGAGAAUUGACUCACCAACUAUGAAUGAUGAGAUCACUCAGAGUCUUCGCUUUCUAAAUAAAUUGGCUAAGAUUUUGAAGAAACAGCGAAUAAAUAACGGUGCUUUAACACUCUCUUCACCUGAAGUUCGAUUCCACAUGGACAGUGAAACCCAUGAUCCCAUAGACCUGCAAACUAAGGAACUGAAGGAAACCAAUUCCAUGGUUGAAGAGUUUAUGUUGUUGGCCAAUAUUUCUGUGGCACAGAAGAUUUUCGAUGAGUUCUCAGAAUAUGCUCUGCUCCGCAAACACCCGUCUCCUCCUCCUGCUAACUAUGAUAUUCUGGUGAAAGCUGCCCAAUCAAAGAAUUUGGAGAUUAAAACCGACUGUGCCAAGGCUCUAGCAGAUUCUUUAGAUAAAGCUGAAUCACAGGAAUUUCCUUACUUAAACACUCUGUUAAGAAUUCUGGCUACACGAUGCAUGAUGCAGGCAGUUUAUUUCUGCUCUGGAAUGGAUACCGAUUUCCAUCAUUACGGUCUCGCAUCUCCUAUAUACACGCACUUCACUUCUCCCAUCAGAAGGUAUGCAGAUGUUAUAGUACACAGACUUCUUGCUGUAGCCGUGGGAGCAGACUGCACCUACCCAGAUCUUACAGACAAACACAAAAUAGCAGAUAUCUGCAAAAAUAUCAACUUCCGGCAUAAAAUGGCUCAGUAUUCACAAAGGGCAUCUGUUGCUUUUCACACUCAGUUGUUCUUCAAAAACAAAGGAAUGGUAAAUGAAGAGGGCUUUAUUCUCUUUGUGCGAAAAAAUGCAAUUGUGGUUCUAAUUCCCAAAUUUGGCUUGGAAGGAACCGUCUUCUUUGAAGAAAAGAACAAGAAAAAAGUGAAUAUAGUUUACAAUGAUGAGGUGCCCUUUUUGAAAGUAGAAAAUACAACUUUUCACAUGUUUGAUAAAGUAAAAGUAAAAAUCUCAUUGGAUGCGUCCAACAUCCAGCAUCAGAAGAUCCGCAUGGCUCUCGCUGAACCCGAGAUCCCUGGAGUCACAUCACAUGAGGAUAAUGUAAGAAACACAAAUGGGGAACCAGUACCCAAGAAGAGUAAAUCGGAAGACUAGUCUGUUAGCAGAUUCUCCUUUUUUUUUUUAGUUUUCACCAAUCUUUUAAAAUGUUUUAUAUUUGCAUUUUACAGCAUAAUGGGUAUGACGUAUAACUAUAGAAAAGUGCUAAUAUUGUCUUGAGGAUUUUUCUUUUAGUCUUAUCUGAUCCAGCAAGUUGUCAUAGAAGUAUUAUGUGAAUCAGUGCAAAUUUUGUAUUGUGGGAAUGAUGCAAUUUGUUACCAUAGUAAAAAUCCUUUAGACAAAAAAA